AACCUCUAAAGUGGAAGAAAGUGGAAGAAGAAAACACCUCAGCACAAUUGCUGUGGACGUCAAGCCAAUGACAGUCUUUACGCCGUGGGGGCGUCUAUUAGCGGGAGGACUUCCUCCACGGUGAGGCUGAUGAGCAGGAGCUGCUGGGGUGGAGAGAAGAGCGGCUCUCCGGUAGAUAAACAGCACCGCCCCGUCCGUCCUCCCCUGUCCGCCCGCCGCCUGCGUGCGUGUUUGUUUUUUAACCAGAGGCUCAAUCCAUCGCAGCCGCGCUCGAUUGACGCUGCCUGCUUGAUCUGCUACUGCGGCUGGCUCUCAGUAACGAGGCCAGUUGGCUGGUUAAUACCCGUCCACCGGGGCUUUCCUCCGGUACACCGAGCGAGCCAGCGAGGAGAACCGCGAACAGACCCAGCGCCCAGCCCCAAGGAUGGCUUCGGGGGAGCUUUACGAGGUAGAGCGCAUCGUGGACAAGCGGAAGAACAAGAAGGGCAAAUGGGAGUACCUGAUCCGAUGGAAAGGCUACGGGAGUAAAGAGGACACCUGGGAGCCGGAGCACCACCUGCUGCACUGUGAGGAGUUCAUAGAUCAGUUCAACAACCUCCGUCUACAAGAGCGCCGUUCAAAACCAGCCAAGUCCAGCGGUGCAGUCUCACGCAACCACAGCCACCACGGCAUCCACGACUCCUCCAGAUCACGCGGGGAUGCUCGCAAAAAGAAAAGAACUAGUGGGUCAGGAGGAGGAGGAGGUGGAGGACCGGGUUUGGUAGCUCCACACAAACCAAGGAAGGCAACUGGAGGUGCUAAACCAUCUGCAGACAGAACAACCAAACCCAUGACUUAUAAAAGCAUGUCUUCAGGGCUACAGUUUGUCCCACCCAUCAGAGGAACGGCUAAUGGGCUACAAAAUGGAGAUAUGGACCCACUUCAUUACAGGACUACUGCCAGAACCCAGACUGUACCUAGCAGCAGGGUUGAGAGGAUGAUGGGGGAUAUGGACUUCACUGCAACUGCACCACCUCUUAUGAAUGAAUUAGGUUCACUGCUCCCCAAUGGAGAAGCUCAUUUGCACAGUUCAGCCAAACGGAAGCUGGCCGAGGACAAAGGCUACGUUUUCGACAAGAGACUGAGGUACAACGUCCGGCAGAACGAAACCAACUACAGAUUUCGGGACAUCGUGGUCAGGAAGGAAGAGGGCUUCACACACGUUCUGCUGUCGAGCCAAACAUCAGACAACAAUGCACUAACCCCAGAGAUCAUGAAGGAGAUGUGCCGUGCCCUGGGGAACGCAGCGGUGGAUGACAGCAAGCUGCUGCUUCUCAGCGCGGUGGGCAGCAUCUUCUGCAGCGGCCUGGACCCCUCGUACCUGAUUGGACGGCUCUCCACAGACCGCAGGAAAGAGAGCAGCAGGAUUGCAGAUGCUGUGAGAGACUUUGUGAAGGCCUUCAUCCACUUUAAGAAGCCCAUCGUGGUGGCUAUCAACGGACCUGCUCUGGGCCUCGGGGCCUCCAUCCUGCCCCUGUGUGACAUUGUAUGGGCCAGUGAGAGAGCCUGGUUCCAGACACCAUGUGCUGCUCUCCGCCUUACACCCUCCGGCUGCUCCUCGUACACCUUCCCCCAGAUACUCGGAGUGGCUCUGGCCAAUGAGAUGCUGUUCUGUGGAAGGAAACUGACCGCGCAGGAGGCGUGUAGCCGUGGGUUGGUCUCUCAAGUGUUCUGGCCAACCACCUUCAACCAGGAGGUGAUGUUACGAGUGAAGGAGAUGGCUGCCUGCAGUGCUGUGGUUCUGGAAGAGUCCAAAUGCAUGGUGCGCAGCAUCCUGAAGUCUGUCCUGGAGGAGGUGAAUGAGAAGGAAUGCCAGAUGCUGAAACAGCUGUGGUGCUCCACCAAAGGACUGGAAGCUUUGUUCAGCUACCUUCAGAAUAAGGGAUACGAUCCCUAACUUCCAGCCCUCCAGUCUUCUGAAGCGUCCUAGGCCAUCAGUUGUUCAGUCAGAAGCGUGUCCGCACGGCCUGAGACAUUCAGCAGCCUCGGCAUGAAGCUUCAGCCCCUUCAAUGGAACCAAGAUCAAUCAGCAUGUUUGGGCACCUCCACCUACACUCGUAAAAAUAGAAGUGCUACAAAAGCUUCUUUGAGUGAUGCAGUAGAAUAAAAUAAAAAAUAAUCAAUAUUAAUUUAUUAAUCUUAUUAAUGAAUAAUUAACAUAAUUUAUAAAUUAUGAUAAAGUGCUGUUAACCUUCCCCACUGUGUGUUUUGAGUUAUUCUCUUAAAAAAACUCCCUAUAUAUGUGUAGUUCUGUGGCUUAACCUUGUCCAGUUUACGACAUGGAAGCAACAUGGCAGAGAACUCAAACACAGAACCAACUGAGCAACUCAAGCAACUCAUAUUAAAGACAAAUGCUGUGUUCUUCGUACAUUAAAAUAAUAAUAUAUUAAUGGUUAUCUAGGUUAAAUGUGAAAAUUAAUCAGGAUUCCAAUUUAAAGUCAUAUUUAUGCAAGCGUAAUUGGUUGUUCUAUAGUGGUUAUUCUCAGUCCUGGACCUGGAGAACCACUGCCAGGUUUUAGAGUUUCCCGUAACUCUAACAGGGUAUUUUCAGCCUGGACUAGUGCAAUUAGCAUGCAGCAGCAGCAUUAGUUAAUAGCUGUAGUAUUAAUCAGAGCUAAUAAAUCAGAUUAAACUGCACCUGAACAGCUGCAUAGCUCAAACAUGAAGAGUACUUUUUAUCGUUGGGUCGGAUUGAGAUCGAAUCACCAAGACCGCCUACUCUUGUGGGCUCAGGGCUCAGUGGAUUGUUUAGACCCUCAAGUGUGAUCACUGUGUUAACACCAGCCAAAAUGAACCAUACCAUGGGUUCAAAUGAACCAGAGUCUGUUUUAGUCAGACUAAAAAGUGCAGGUGUCAUAACUUCCUCAGGCACAUCUAAUCGAACUAAUUAACCAACUGACCAGCACUUUUGAGGUAAACUGGGUAAACAUCUGAAAACUACAGUGGGUGAUUACUACUGUUCUGUAGCAUCACUCAGAGAACCUUUAAUAGCACCUUUAUUUUUUUCAGGAGUGUAGAGCAGAUAUUGAUGUCAUAUCCUUUGAAUGAAAUUAAACCAAGCCAAGAAUACAAUAUUUAUUAUCUAUAUGUUUUCUAUUACUACUGAUCCCUGUUCUCAGAGGCGUGAAGUUCUGUGGUGAUGCUCACCAGCAUUCUAUACACUGAAAAUAAUGAUCCUGUAAAAAUAAUGAAAUGCCUUUAAUGUUUUCAUUCUUUAUUUAUUUUCGAAGUCAAGCCAUUAUUUUGAAGAAAAAUGUAACAAAUAAUUGAAUAUGAUUCUAUAUAUAACGUUGUGUGUGUACAGUGUAGAUAGAUUAUUUGUUUUUUUUUCUUUUUGUUGGUUUUUGAUUGUGUUGGUUUGUGUUUGGUAUAAUUAUUAUUGAUUUGAGUUUGCUCUCAUCUCUGAAGGGGUGAUUUUCAUACCAAAGGUAAUGUUGUUGUUGUUGUUGUUAUUAUUAUUAAUACUGAUCGUUCUUUUUUAUUUUUAACACAUUCCUGUCAUAUACCAUUGUCCAGUGUCCAUUAUCCAUGUGAUAUAGGGCAUGGCAUCAGUUGAGUGCAAUAGUGAUGGGUUUGCAUAUUAUUUGCAUAUUAUUGAGGCCUAUCGAGGUAUUGAGGUUGCUUUAAACUGUGCUCUUUCUACAAAUAACCAUAUAGCUAUGAUUUCUCACUUUGUUUUUUAGAAGGACAUGUUUUUUUAUGAAAAAAAAAAACUAAAAUAUGCUUUAUUUAAACUUUACUUCUUUACCUAGUAAAGAAAAUAGCAGAUUUCUCCCAAAAAAGAGAAAUGAUCGACAUAUGGUUAUUUUUUUAAAAGGGCUCAGUUGACAUUGAUAGAUGUUCCAGAUGACUGCAGCAUCUUCCAACACCUUUACUGUCUUCAACACUGAAUUAUUUAAGAGUUUAUGAAGAACUGACAUCUCAGUGUCUCAUACAUUACUCGUGUAUGAUUCAUGAGUCUAUGCAAAUCCAAUACGAGGACGUUUUCUUUUGUUUGUUCUUUUGCUGUUUAUCUGACAGUAUCCACAGCAAUGCAUCAGUAACUGAAGGUAAUCUCAGUUGAACAUGAAGUGACGUUAGAGUGAAGUGGCGUUAUCGACCACGAAUGAGAAACUAAUGAGAAAAUGACUGCUUUUAAACAUGUGUGCUGCUUUGUAGUCUUUCCUCUUCUAAAGUACUUCUCAAGCCUGGUCCUGGAGGAAGUUCAGACUGCUGAUUGUAGUGUUUACCCUGUUCUCAGUACAGCUAAUCCAGCUAAUUAAUGAUUUUAAUGAUUCAUCUUUUUAUUAAGAGUCUCUGCUGAUUUGAAGGUGCUGUGUUUGAGCAGGAAAACACUAAGGCUUUGUUCUGACUGCUGUGUUUUUGUUUUAUAACAGAUGAGACACCAUAGGUAAAAGAGGUAUACAUAUUAUGUAUGGCAAUCUGUGGCACAAUUGCCCAGAGAUGCACACCCGGAGAUUGCCGAAGCUGGCAAUGAAUCUGGCAACCAAGCAGGCUGAGGAAGUGUUUCACUUUCUGGGACAUUUCUGGGAAAUUCUUACUGUGUGUGGGUGAGCAUUAUCCUGCUGAGUUAUUAAGUUGUUAGUGUCUUUGGUAUCACUACUAGGAGUAACUGAUGUAUGAGUUGUGUCUCAGUUUGGUCAUUCUGGACGCUCAAAUUAGAUUUCAACAUGUCUCUUACAAUAAUUUUGAUCCAAAUGUUUGUUGUGAUCCAAUUUGUAACAUUCAGAUUUUUCUGGAUCUGGAUACAUUCUAGAUAUACAGUACAGGCCAAAAGUUUGAACACACCUUCUCUUUUUCAAUGCGUUUUCUUUAUUUUCAUGACUAUUUACAUUGUAGAUUUUCAAUGAAGGCAUCAAAACUAUGAAUGAACACUUGUGGAGUUUUAUGUACUUAACAAAAAAGGUGAAAUAACAAAAAAAAAUUGUUUUAUAUUCUAGUUUCUUCAAAAUAGCCACCCUUUGCUCUGAUUACUGCUUUGCACACUCUUGGCAUCAUUCUCUCAAUGAGCUUCAAGAGGUGGUCACCUGAUUUGGUUUUCCAACAGUCUUGAAGGAAGGAGUUCCCAGAGGUGUUUAUUAGCACUUGUUGGCCCUUUGCCUUCUUCCCUCUGUGGUCCAGCUCACCCCAAACCAUCUGGAUUGGGUUCAGGUCUGGUGACUGUGGAGACCAGGUCCUUUUUUGCUAAGUAAAUAACUUCACAUGUUCAUUCAUAGUUUUGAUGCCUUCAGUGAGAAUCUACAAUGUAAAUAGUCAUGUAAAUAAAGAAAACACAUUGAAUGAGAGGAUGUCCAAACUUUUGGCCUGUACUGUACCAAAAAUCAGAUAUUUGCAGGCAAUCUGAACAUAGCCUAAAUUGUAUAGAGCAGGAUGUUCUCCGGGGCCAGGUUUGGGAACCACUGCUCUACUAGAUUGUGUAUGUGCAUACUUGUUCAUGUCCUUGCCAUGAUCUGGUGGUCUGUAGCAGUGUUAUGAUUAAUUGUUGCAUGCAAUAGAUAUAAUUGACUUGGCACAGUCUUCUGUGAAAUGUUUCACAAUCAUUCUUUGGUAAUACAUUCAGUGAAAACCAAUGGUUUCAAUUGAUUUAACCACAAUUGGACACUUUCUCAGACAGCAAUAACCUGUGUACUGAAUUCUAUUCUUCCUAGCCCUGUUGAAACUGGUCAAGAGAAAAAUCAGGAUUCAUAAUUAUUUAAUAAUUAUUUAAUAAUUAUUUGACUUUCUACACGUCUGGCAUUUCUGAGGCUAUCAGGAACUUCUGAUUCAUAUUUAAUUUUUUUUUAAGAAAUCUACAUUCAUAUUCCAAAGAAAUGGUUGCACCCAGAACAAAUAAUUAAAUUGCAAUGUGUUUAAUAAAUGAUUUAAAAUAUUGAUUGGCCAACCCUUGGUCAUAUUUAUUUGGCUCCCAGUAUGGGGCCAGGCCGGCAUGUUGGCUAACGCAACAUACCAUACGCUUCAUCUUGGAGUUGUAGAGGUUCCUACUGGGGUUCUGUGAUGAAUAUUACCAUGCAGCUUCAAUAUAUUCUUAUGUAGUUGCUGCAGAUUUUGCAGUUGGAGUGGAGCGUUGAAACUUAAAUGUUUGACAACAGUCAUUUAAUCGUUUAUCUUUGUACCACACACACAUAUAUUGAUCACCCCAUGGCAGUCUGUCACCACACCAUUGCAGCCUAUUGAGAUGUUGACAUGGUGUUUAUGGCGGUUGGCGUUGCGCAGCCAUCUGCCAAUGGUGCUGGCACUAACUAGAUGACUCAUGGAGAGCAUCACUGCUUGCUUAAUGUCUGCAGUCAUGGCUGUUGGGUCAAAUCCGUAAGUUUUUCUCUCCUUGGUUCACGUAGGUCUUGCAGAUUCUUUGUAUUGCCUGUGCGUGCCUAUCUAUAUGAUUAGCGUUAUCCCAAAAGACAAAUUUAUGCUUCUCUGUUGAAUCUAUGUCAUGGUGUCACAUGAACUUCACAAAAAAAAAAGGAACUGCAUGUGUUCCCGCCUACACAUUCUCACAAUUGCAGUUUAACUGCAGAGUGAUGCAGACGUAUAAAUGCUCACACCAGCGUAUGCCACUUGCACAUGCUAUGGAAUAGAUGACAUAUUGACUCAACGCAGAACUUUAAACCAGAUUAGACCCUUGAUGCAACCCCUCUUGAACUGCUCGAUUUGGCAAACUUCAGAUGUAAAGGAUGCUACAAACAGGUAGUGAAUGUCUCACAAUAUCAAACUACCUACCAAGUUCAUUCCUGUUGGUUGAUUUCUUCUAGGUGCAACUUUUUUUUGGUCGAUGAGUGUACACAAACUGAGGAAAUGCACUGCUGUCUCACAUGUCUUGCUAUGAAGGCAGGCCUCAUGUAGUCAGGUGUGUUGGUGAAGGACUCUUCUGUCAUUGCUGUGACAGUUUGAGGUUAGUGGAGCACUGAGGCGGAGUCCAGAUUUACUGCCUGUCGGUUUCCCUCAAAAACCAUUAGGAGGUAUGUCUAUCCUGGGGUUUCUAUAAACAGAAAUGCAAAGUUCUACAUUUGAUUGUGGAAUUUGUGAAUAUAUUUAAAAAGGAAAAUAAUAGUCAGAGGAUUAGUUUAAUGAAAUCUCACACUUUGUUGUGUAUUUUUGUACAAAAAAAAACACUUUUAGUUUCUGUUCUGAAGUAGGUUCACUAAUCUACAGUCUCUUCUGCACUUUUCGUCCAUUAGGCCAUUAUUAGGUGUUGUGGAAAUAAUGCAGAUGUGGAUGUUCUCUCUGCAUGUAAACUGGUUUAUAUACUUAUAUACAAUACAAUUCAUUGUAGGGAAGAGUUUUGUACAAUAUUAUGACAUGAAAUAUUACCACAUUCAGCCGUUGUACAAAAAAACAAGACAAAAAGCAAAGAGUGUGUUAAAGGUGUGACAUGCUGUUCUAUUGUGUGAUUAAUGCAUGCACAUUUAUUGUUGAUAUAUAUGUGGCUUGUCAGAUCUUUAUAUAUUUCAGGGUAUGUUUUUUGGUAUGGCCAUAGUACGUAAUGUUAGAAAUCUUGCACAGUUUAUUUUUUUAUUUAUUGAGAAUUACAGGACAUUAUCUUACAAUAUCUCUCAGUCAAUCCUGUGGAUCAGCAGUGCCAUUAGAAAGAUAUUAAUGCUUUCCUUCCAUUGUUCUUACUGAUUUUAGCAUCUAAAUGAGGAAUAUUAUUAUUAUUAUUUUAUUUUAUUUUGUAUUUCUUUUUUUUUUUAGAUAAUAUGUGACAUAUGACAAUAUUUCUAUAAUCUGCCCGGUAUGUGUAUGCAAUAUAGAUAUAUAUUUAUUGAAACAUCAAGUUAGUUUUGUUUUGUGUGUGAGUAUCUUUCUUAAAUAUUUAACUUGUAGAGUAAUUUUGUUUAAAGCUGUGAUAAUUAAUUAAGGAACAUUUGGCUACAUAGUAAAUGACUCGUUAGUUCAUAUUCAGAAUUCAGAAGUAUAUUUAAGAAUAUACUUUUUGCUUUUGUGUUUUCAGAGCAUUUUCAUUCUUUUGUGCAUAUUUACAUAGAUUAAAUUGAAAUUUUACAUUGUAGUUACCAUACAAUGAUUUGUGAGAUUAUCUGUUAUAUAUUUAUAAUUAAUAAAUAAGUUUAAUGUACGUACAAUUUUUGGCAAAAUUACUAGAUUACAUGCACAGGGGUUAAAAAAAAAAGUUUAUAUAAACAAAGAAAUUGAGGAAAAUCCAUAUCGUCGCUGUCCAGUGAAAAAACAUAUAUCUCCAAAACAACAGCUUUACAGAAGAGAAAUAAAACCUUUCUGACUUUUAAUAGUAGUAAUAAAAAGAGUUUAUUUCAGGUUAAUUUGAAUAAUUUAUAUUGGUCUAUUCAUCAAGACAUUUUGACACAGUGUAAGGGACAGUUUUUUGUUUCAAAUUAUGUAGUAAACUGAAAAACAACCAAAGUGGAGACACUGGUUGUUCGUUGGACAGCGUCGUUAUUUCUUUUCAUUUUAAAAUGAACAUUAAUGUUUUUGGCUGAACCUUCACCCAUUUCCUUUUCUAAAUACUUUUUGUGAUUUAAUGAAUUAAGUUUUAUUUCUCAUCCCAAAAACCGUAUGUGUUUGAUCCAGUCCUGUAAAAUCUACACUGCAGAAGUUUUAACGUUCCCAUUCCUCAGGCUAGUUUUGGAAUAUUUCUGGGUGCCUUAGAAGUCGUAUUUCCUCUGUGUCAGUAGGAUGCUUCGUCUUCGUUUUGUGGGUUGGGUGAGUGGUAUCUAAUAAAUGACACAAUUACUGCAGAA